CCACAACUUGCACAAUAACACCGAACUAGCUUCUUCGAAUUCACGGCUUUACCUUAUUCCUAAUCCGAUACCACAGAACAAGGAUCAAAGCCCCCAAGCUUCAAUGAUGAACUUACGCGCCAUCUUCGCCACUCCUGUCCCUUCCUCACUCCGCAUCAAACCCUCAAUUCACCAUCCCCGUAGAAGCCUCACCAUCUCAGCUCAACUCCCGACCGCCGCCGCCGCGAAGUUCUCGGUCUCCGACGAAACCCUAGAAUCCCGCGGCUUCCUCCUCCGCCGCACCACCGACGACCUGAACCUUGACCAGCUCAACGCCAUCUUCGUAGCGGUUGGGUUCCCGAAACGUGAUCCGCAAAAGAUCCGGAUCGCGCUGGAUAACACGGAGACGGUGCUGUGGGUAGAGUACAAGAAGACGAAAAAGCCAGUGGCGUUCGCGAGAGCGACGGGAGACGGUGUAUUCAACGCAAUCAUAUGGGACGUGGUGGUGGAUCCGUCGUUCCAAGGGAUCGGAUUGGGGAAGGCGGUGAUGGAGCGGUUGAUCGAAGAGUUGUUAGGGAAGGGGAUUUGUAACAUCGCGCUUUAUUCGGAGCCCCGAGUUCUCGGGUUCUACAGACCGUUGGGAUUUGUGGCCGAUCCGGAUGGGAUCCGAGGAAUGGUGUAUUCUAGAAAGCAGAAAAAGAAAAAAUAGCAAUGACAUUAUUAUUAUUUA